GAGUCUAUUUUCUCCUCUUUCUCUCCCCACCUGCCCCUGUCUAUCAGGGAGGCUUUAUGUGUGUCAACCUGUUUUGCUGUAUUCUAGAUAAUUGUGGAUGAGUGAACGUGUGUGUGUCUACUGGAGGGACAGGACAGAACAUGGAGCUCAUUAAAAUUGGUCUCUCUCUUCUGUUUCUACUGGGUCUGUCUGCAACAGGAUGCUGGGGCAGGAACCAGGAGGAACGGCUCAUUCAUCACUUGUUUAAGGAACGUGCCUACAACAAGGAGCUUCGGCCUGUGGAAAAAAAAGAGGACACCGUGAUAGUCUAUUUGGCCCUCACUCUUUCCAAUCUGAUUUCACUGAAAGAGGUGGAUGAAACACUGCUCAGCAAUGUAUGGAUGGAACAUGGCUGGUAUGACAACAGGCUUUCCUGGAACAUCACUGAAUUUGAUGGCAUUGAGGUCCUGCGUCUUCCAUCACAAAUGGUGUGGCUGCCUGAGAUUGUUCUGGAAAACAACAAUGAUGCCCAGUUCCAGGUGGCAUAUUACUGCAAUGUGCUGGUGUACCCUGAUGGGUAUGUGUACUGGCUACCCCCUGCCAUCUUCCGAAGUUCCUGCGCCAUCAACGUCAACUACUUCCCAUUCGACUGGCAGAACUGCACCCUGAAGUUCAGCUCCCUGACCUACAACGCCAAAGAGAUCAGCAUGAAUCUGAAAGCUGAAACCGAUGAUAAGACGAAUAAGACCUACAAAGUGGAGUGGAUCAUCAUCGAUCCUGAGGGCUUCACAGAGAAUGGGGAGUGGGAGAUCAUUCACAAGCCGGCACGGAAAAACACAUACAAGGACAUCCCAUUGGACAGUAACAAGCAUCAGGACAUCACCUUCUACCUCAUCAUCAAGCGCAAGCCCCUCUUCUAUGUCGUCAACAUCAUUGUCCCCUGUGUGCUCAUCUCCUUCAUGGCCUCUCUUGUGUACUACCUCCCAGCUGACAGUGGGGAAAAGAUGACCCUCUCCAUCUCUGUACUCCUGGCUCAGUCUGUCUUCCUGCUGUUGAUCUCACAGCGUCUGCCUGAAACCUCCAUGGCCCUUCCUCUCAUUGUCAAAUAUCUCAUGUUCAUUAUGGUUCUGGUCACGAUCGUGGUCCUCAACUGUGUUAUUGUGCUCAAUCUUCACUUCCGAACGCCCAGCACCCACCUGAUGUCAGAAUGGACCAAAGAGUUCUUCCUGGAGAGGCUGCCCCGCCUCCUGCACAUGUCCCGUCCAAUGGAAAGUGAGCCCACCUGGGAGGGGAUGGCCCUCCCCCGUCGCUCUAGCUCCUUGGGUUACAUCGCCAAGGCAGAGGAGUACUACACCAUCAAGGCCCGCAGUGAGCUGAUGUUUGAGAAGCAGUCUGAGAGGCAUGGGCUUGCCACCCGGACCACACCCGCUGCAGUGAAAGCAGCCAGUAGUGAUGGUGAGGCCAGUGAGCAGCUGUAUGCUGAAAUGAAGCCUGCUGUGGAAGGGGCAAAUUACAUUGUGAAGCACAUGCGUGAUAAAAACGACUACAGCGAGGAGAAGGACAACUGGAGUGGCAUCGCCAGGACAGUUGACCGCCUCUGCCUCUUCCUUGUAACGCCAGUCAUGACAGUGGGCACCAUUGUCAUAUUCCUAAUGGGCGUAUAUAAUCAUCCACCUCCACUGCCCUUUGAAGGAGAUCCCUACAACUACCUGGAGGAGAAUCAACGCUUCAUUGACUGAUCUGUCAGUUGGGUGGUGAUGGUUGAAUGUGUGUUGAGUAUGGAAAAUAGAUUUUUUUAAAUAUGAUUUUCAAAGUCAUGGUUCCUGGGGUCCAAGCCAGGAACAAACCAGUGUGUCAGUGUGUCAUCAUAUUCAUUCAAGUUAAAUAUAAGUAUUAAUAAAUAUUAAUCAGCAUUUUGUGAAUGUGUCAUGGUGAGGUACUCCUAAGGUGUCCACCAGAGGGCUGGUACUCAUUGGCUUCACCUGGUUGUCAUUAUUGGCAGAGGAGUUUUCCCCCUCCUAAAGAGUAUUUAAGGCCAGUGCUGGCAGUCUACCAAUGCUUUUGUGUUCACUGUGCGCUCUGACACAAAGCCAGUAAAUGCACUUGGUAGACUCUGUGAGAGUUAAGAGUCCGGUACUGUGCUGGUGUGUGUUUCGCUAUUAAGAAACAAAAAGAUUAAAAGGUAAGGAAGGCGUUCAGCUGUGUUGUGUUCGCUUGCGCCUAGUCUUAUUUGAAUUGGUAUAGAUUUCAAAUCAUACCAACUUUGCAGGAUGCUUGGGAUUGUCUUCUGAAUUCCUAAAUAUAGGCAACAAACAUGCACCCUGGCCUGGAAAACAGUUAAAGUUAAGGGUAGGACUACUGUUCCUUAAUUCUGAUCUGAUGAAUCUGUUCAGACAGAGAGAUAUAGCCUAGAUUAAAUUUAGAAAAACUAGGAACUCAUUUGGGGAGUUUGCAGACAAUUAAGAAACACAAGCAAAACUCAAGAAAUGGACAAGCUACUUAUAUCCUGACAGUCUUUCCAAACAUUUGAAAAACCCAAGACAGUUCUGGAGAAAAGCAAAUCAUCUUCUUAAAAAAUACGGCAAACAAUCAAUUAAUCAGGUAAUGUUCAAUGACCACUUUAUAGAAGAACCUUCUGAUAUCGCUGAUGCCUUCAAUGAACAUUUCAUUUCUAUCAGCUAAAUUCCUUGGAAGAUAACAAUCAUACUUGUAAUUAUAUUCAACCUUUAGCUUCAGGAAACUCAAACCAACUGAAGGGCAAUUCUUCACAAAACUGUAAAAGUCCUGCUUUUGAUGGACUUGAUACUAAAUGUAUCAAAUGGUCUGCCCAUAUAAUUAUGUGACCCCUAACUGUCUUAACCUUUCUUUGUCCACUGGUGAGAGACCCCAUGUUUUCGAAAAACAUGCAAGUGUGACGUAAAGGUUUACAUAAAGGUGGAAAUUAUUUUCACCUUAACAACACAUAUCCAUUAUCUGUACAAUUUCAAAAGUUUUUGAAAAGAAAUAUAUACUCAGUUAUUAAAUUAUCUUACAGAAUGUGAUAUAUUAUCAUCUUUCCAAUCUGGUUUCAGACCCAAUCAUUCCACUGCUACAUUACUUUUGAAAAUAACUACUUACAUAACCUCUGACCAAGGCAAAUUAACAGGUGCAAUACCUGACUUAGUGAAUUGUAAUGUUCAUGCUUCACAAUGUUAAUUAUGUUAUGUUUCAUAUACUAUAAUUUGAUAGUUUUAUUCCGUCCAGGAGGGGGCGCUCUAUUGUUCACUGUGUUGGUGUGAAACGUUCUUAGUGCAUGAUUGAAAAAGGAAAGGACUGAAAACUGCUGGAGGAAGGCAAGAUAUUAUCUACGCUAGCAAGUGUGCAUUGUUCAUUUGAGUGUUUCAUUGUGUCGUCAUUUUUGAAACUUUACAUGAAUGAUGGUGUAUUACUACAAAAAUCGAAAAACUUUAGACUUGCUCAGAAAUCUAUGAUAUUUAAUGCAUAUCUUAGUGGUAGGAAGAAGUCUGUAUUUAUUGAAGAGGACCAGUCUGAUGAUCUUGAUCUGAAUAAAGCUGUUCCACAA